GCGGCGCCGAAAUGCAGGGCCAGUGGCGGCGGGGGGCAGGGCCCGGUCACGCGCCCCCUGUCUGCGGGUCUCCGCGCGCGGGCAACGAGGGAGCGGGCGAGGUGUCCCUCUACUGGGCCUCUAGAGACAGCGGGGCCAGCCCGGCGCCCGGGAGGCGGAGAGGAGCGGGGGCGCAGUGCGUGAGGAGCGCCCCCAGGACCUCCGGGGGCGGCGACGGCGUUUCCGCCUGCACGGUCAGCACUCCGGACCCUGGGGAGCACAGCAGCGCCUGGGGGGAGUUCGAAGGCUUUCAGGAAUCUUCAGCCAAGUCUCCACACUUCUCCCAACCCUUUGAACUCCCGGACAGACAGGCGGGACGCGGGCUGCAGAGCGCGGCCUCCACUCCAAAGGAGCGGGGUUCUGGCCAGCCUCAGCGGGGCGGGCCUGGGGCGGCCGGGACCCCCGGCACCUCCGCCUCCGAGCUCAUUCUCAGCUAUGAGGAUGUUUUCAGGUUUGCUUUUCAGGAAGUACCAGUGCAGCAGGCAACUGAAGGUGUCUCCCCCUUAGACCGCAUCUUAGAAACGAGCAGUGAGGGGAAAUCUGGCUGCGGACCUGGACACAUACUGGGUUCUGAGUCCAGGAGGCUCUGGGGAGCUCUUCAGAACACAGAUAGCACAUCCACUUCCCGAUGGCUCUGGAGCGAGUCCCGGUGCCAGGAAAACUUGUUGCUUGUUCUCGGAAUGGAUGCUGCCCGGAAGGACCUUUCUGGAGACCUGGGUCACGUUCUGGAACGUUCCGACCUCCAAGAGCCUGAAGAACUAGGUGUGCGCACCGUCUGUGCGCAGCCCUGCAGGGCCCUGGUCCACACCCAGCUCGCGGGGCCCUCCGGCGGCAGACAGGGGAGCCUGACUGCGUGGAGCCUCUUUCUGAAGACCCCCUUACGCAGCAGCGGCCAGUACAUCCCAGUUCCACGGAAAAAGAAGAUUUUCAGUCCACGUAACCUAAAAAUGACUUUGUUUAAUAGUAACGUUUGCUAAGACGGGAGUCCUUGGUAUUUUUAUGAGAAAGUUUACAUUUUCUUACUGGCUCAGUUUGCUACUGGAAACCAGAACCAUUUUGUGGGGGAGUUUCUCAAACCCCAAGUCGGUUUCCUGGGAUCCCUGUGCAAACCACUCCCGCGCCUACUGGCCCACGCUGGGGUCUGACCGCUUUAGGAGUAUGUCCUUCUGCAGAGCUGUCCCCAACAGGAAGGAGGCGCCCCGUGCCCCCCAGGAGCUCCGCCCCAGCCUCACAUGAACCCGGGUGGCACUGGGGUCCUCUGCCUGGUGAGGGACCCCAGGUCCGGCUGCCGGCGUAGCACUGCGGGGGGCGCACCGGGGUGGCCUGGCUCUCGGUGGGGGGUGUCACCUGGAGACAGCCGUCCCGGCACCCAGGAAGCCCUGAGUGUGUUUCGGGCGCACGUUGGGCAGGGCCCACGCGGCAGGAAAGCCGUGGUCUCCCCAGAGCCCCGUGAGUGCUCACCUGGACCACUGCCAUCCAGCGGCCUCUCUCUGCGUCGGCCCUCCUCUCCAACCCCGAGCAAGCGAGCGUGCUCUGGUUCUGGCGGAGGCACUGAGUUUUGUAAAAUUUUAUUAAAUAAAAUGGCCCAGAUAAGCCCAUGUUCUCGCUGA